AAGGAUAAUGAUGGGAAAUUGUCUCCAGGUUUAUUAGCAAAGAAGCAAUUUUCUUUUUUCCCUGAAUAUUUCCAAUUGUGGGUUGAAGGCUCAAUUGCAGCACUAUUUAAACAAAGCCCCAGAGUAGCAAAACCAGUUAAAGGAAUUAACACAUUUAACAGUGUGAUGAUCUAAGUAAGAAUAGGGAGAAAAAAAAAAAAAAAAGACUUCGGGAUUAUCGCCAACACUGAGAUGAACAUUUUAUGAAUCAACAGAAUUUAUUAAAUUGAAAAGAUAUUCCUCUCCAAUAACGAUGGCAGACUGUUUUCCACUUGAGCCAAGUUGGAGGGUAAACUUAGACUGCUAAAGCAAGAUACAGACCUAAGUAUUCUAGUGGCCCUAAGAAUGUGACAGAUCAGUAGGGCUUUGGUGGCACACACCUUUAAUCCUAGCACUCUGGAGACAGAAGCAGGCAGAUCUCUGAGUUCAAGGCCAGCAUGGUCUACAGAGUGAGUUCCAGAACAGCCAGGGCUACACAAAGAAACUCCGAGAGAAGAUCACAGACCGAGAGUGUACCCAAGCAAGUCGAAACCAUAGGCUAGCACUAAAGUGGGUGUUUGUUGUCAGAUGGUCUGGAUUUCAAACAGUAAUAAUGUAGAUACUGCAAUACUUUUGUAAAUUUACAAAUAGUAAAUGCACAUGCUUAUAAGAGAAAAUUUGUAAAAUAUGUAAAAGCAAAAAGAAACAAAAAACCCAGCCUCCAGGGUCAAUCAGCUUUAUAGUUGUGUUCUACAUUUUGGUCUCUGUACUGCUUUGUUGUAUUUGAGCUACCCACUUAUUAUUAUCGCUAUUAUUUAUUGAGACAGGUCUCCCUACGGAUUUCCCAUUGGCCUCUUACUAAGUAGCUUAGACUGGCCUUGUAUUUUUGAUUAUCCUGCCUCUGCCUUUCGAGCACUGGGAUUACAGCUUAGUGUUUUUUUCCUUGGCAGAUUAAAAGUAUGUUAUUACUUCACUUUUAACAAGUGGUAUUAUGCUGUUUUUUUUUUUUUUGUUAUCAAUUUAAAAAAUAUCACUAUCAUGUAUUACAAUAAACUUCCUAAGUCAAUGUGCAGGGGGCGAAUAUCAUUGAUGGAGGAAAUGUGAGAACAGAUCAGAAGCGAGGCUUUAGGGCUAAAUUAGGUCACGUUACUGAUUCUUUGUUUUGUUUUGUGUUCUAGAUCAAACGGGUCACAUAUCACCUCACUUAAUUUCACAGCGGCACGUUGAGUGGCGAGUUAAAACAUCCAACAGGGAUCUGCAUCCUUUUAAACGUGUGGAUUCUGGAACGCCACGAUUCCCUUUAGGGGAGGCGUAGCCUUAAAAAUAAGAGCCAGCCUAGCGCCAGAACACACGUAGCCCAAGCCACCGAGUCCGACCCGACCCCACGGCCGCCUUCUCUAGCCGCACCACAACAGGAAGCGUACGCAAACAGCAGCGUCCGUCCCCCGCGGAGGGGAAGACGCCACCUCGCCCGGGCGCAGCGCCGUGACGUCACGCAGGGCCGCGCAUGCGCCCACGUUGCCGCGCGCCCGGCCUAAACCCCUCACUUUGUCGUCACAGGGCAGAUGAUCAGGGUGCGUCCGCCUUUUCCUUCCCCCUUCCAUCCACCUCCCCCUCCCCACCCCUCGUCCCUCAGUCUUCUCCCUCUUCCUCUUUCUCCCUCCCUGGGGCGUCUCCUGAAGACUCUCGCUUCCGGUCAGCGUCCGCCGGCAGAAGCGCGUCCCGCCUCUUCCGCCUCCCCGGUGGCGGCGCGGGUGGCGGAGGCAGCAGCGGCCGCGGCGCCUGCGCGUCUCCUGUCAGGGUCGGCUGGCAGGUCCCCUGGGCGGCCCAGCUGAAGGCGGCCGAGCCGAAGCCCGGGGGCCGAUGGCGAUGAACUAUACCGCGAAGGACGAGGUGGACGGCGGGCCCCCGUGCCCCCCCGGGGCCGCCGCCAAGACCCGGAGGCCGGAUAACACGGCCUUCAAGCAGCAACGGCUGCCCGCCUGGCAGCCCAUCCUCACGGCGGGCACGGUGCUGCCUACCUUCUUCAUCAUCGGCCUCAUCUUCAUCCCCAUCGGCAUCGGCAUCUUCGUCACCUCCAACAACAUCCGUGAGAUCGAGAUUGAUUACACUGGAACAGAACCUUCUAGUCCCUGCAAUAAAUGUUUGUCUCCCAAUGUGACAUCUUGUGUUUGUACCAUUAACUUCACACUGGAAGAGUCAUUUGAGGGCAAUGUGUUUAUGUAUUAUGGACUGUCUAAUUUCUAUCAAAAUCAUCGUCGUUAUGUGAAAUCUCGAGAUGAUAGCCAGUUAAAUGGAGACCCUAGUGCUUUGCUUAAUCCAAGUAAGGAGUGUGAACCUUAUCGAAGAAAUGAAGACAAGCCAAUUGCUCCGUGUGGAGCGAUUGCCAACAGCAUGUUUAAUGAUACAUUAGAAUUGUUCCUGGUGGCCAAUGAAUCUGACCCCACACCUACACGAAUAAAGUUGAAGAAAAAAGGGAUUGCUUGGUGGACAGAUAAAAAUGUGAAGUUCAGAAACCCACCUGGAAAAGAAAGUCUUGAAGAAAAAUUUAAAGAUACAACAAAGCCAGUAAACUGGCAUAAACCAGUAUAUCAGCUAGACCCUGAUGAUCAAAAUAAUAAUGGAUUCAUAAAUGAGGACUUUAUUGUUUGGAUGCGUACUGCAGCAUUACCUACGUUUCGUAAGUUGUAUCGCCUUAUAGAGCGGACAGAUGACUUACAUCCAACAUUGCCAGCUGGACAGUACUAUUUGAACAUCACAUACAAUUAUCCUGUACAUUCUUUUGAUGGACGAAAACGGAUGAUCUUGAGCACUAUUUCAUGGAUGGGAGGAAAAAAUCCAUUUUUGGGAAUUGCUUACAUCACCAUUGGAUCCAUCUCCUUUCUUCUGGGAGUUGUAUUGCUAGUAAUUAAUCAUAAAUAUAGAAACAGUAGUAAUACUGCUGACAUCACCAUUUAAUUUUCUAUUCUGAAAACAAAUCUACUGCAUGUGCGUCAAGGCCAGCCCUGUUCAACCUAGCUUUUGAAUGCUGAUAUCUGGUUAGUAUGUCAUUUUGAAGUUGGCACAUAACUUUAAAAAAAAAACAAAACAAAAACAGCCUUUGUUCUUUGCUUCUUACAUAUGGAUGACUUAUGAAACUAUAUGACGGGUAUAAAAAUUAGCUAUAUUGAUCAUAUCAAUAUUGUACCUGCUAAAAUGGCAUUCUAAUGUCUGCUUUUUAUUGGGACAGGCCAUGUGAUGCAUAGAGCCUCUUUCAUGUGAAAUGCGUCUACUGCUUAAACUGUUCAUGCCGUGUUGAUAACGUUAUAUUGACAUGAUGCUGUAUAUGUGUGCCUACUGUGUGAAGAAAGGGAUUAUGAGAUGUGUGAGUGUAAUGACUUGCUAACCUUUCAAAAUUUGGUUACAGUUCAGAUUGAAGAAAGACUAAUAUAAAUAAAACACUUGAUCAUUUUCA